AUGGCGACCGCAGCGUUGAUCAGCCCUAGCGGGCCAUACCAUUCUCAUCACGCCUUCUCUGGCUAUCCUCAUUCCGCCCCUACCACAAGUGUCCCGGGUAUGAUCUCGCCCGUCGAUUCCCGCCGAACUUCGGAUGGCUCAGAGACGCCUCAUCGGCAGUCCUUGCCUUCCAUCUCGGAGGUGUUUUCGGGGGCAAAACAGUCGUCUUUUGCUUCUCCAGCUCCAAACCAGAUUGCCCCUACCCAGAGCCUCCCUUCGCCUUUUGGGUCUUCGACGCCGUCCAGGCCCUUUGGAGACGUAGGCCCAGACAAAAACCCAUCACCGAGGGCUCUCCAUCCCACGUCAGGGUAUCCGCGACCCGAGCCUUUGGCGGCCUUUUCUGACCCGUCAAGACCCGUCAUGUCGAGCCGGCCUGUGCCCCCUCCGCUAAAUACCUUCUCGGGGCCACAUCCGUCGCCUCCCGUAAAGAUGGAGCAGCUCGAGGCCGAGCAUAGACACACGGAAACCUCGCCGUAUAGUGCCGGUCACCAACAUCCUUCCUCUCAACCACACUCGGCUCACUUUAGCCAGUCCGGUCGACUGCCGCCUGGGCAACUACCUCUGUCCGCGUACCCUGUCUCUCCACGCCAUAGCGGACCUUCCCUUCCAUCGCCGUUUGAGUCACGAUCGUCGAUUUACGGCGAAGAUGCAGACUAUGCGCACGUUCGGGGAAACGAGCAGAAAUCAUCGGUUGAUAAGAACUUUGAGUCGUGGGGCUAUGACGAAUGCAUGCGCACAAUUGCAACCACUGCGCGAAGCCUCGUCGGAUUUUCCGAGGGCUAUAUGGCUGCGGCACGAGAGCAACACGGUUCGCCGCCUAUCAUGUCGCGACUGCCUACAGAAACCGAGCUCGACGUUCUGAUCGGCAAUACCCUUCUCAUCUCGAAGAAGCUGGAAAACAUUCGGGGGAUGGUGCAACAAAAUAGGCUUAUGAACGAAAGAGCCCGGGAAAACGGCGGACGCAAGGCGAUGGACGACGACGAUGUUCCCAUGUACGGAGAUGGAAUGAAGCAGCCGUACAGCAUCACAGAAGUGAAGAAACGACGUGGUCGCGCAGCUCCGCCUGGGCGGUGCCAUAGCUGCAACAGGAUCGACACGCCAGAGUGGAGACGCGGUCCUGACGGCGCAAGAACGCUCUGCAACGCCUGUGGGCUUCACUACGCAAAACUAGAACGCAAACGACAACUCGACCAGAGAUCAAUGCGCCCCAAACAACCAGACGAACGAAACUAG